AUGUGGAGCAACCUUCCUUUUGAUAUCUUAGCUAACAUUUUCUCUUAUCUUUCUCCUGAUUCCUUAGCCAGGGCGAAAUCAGCUUGCAAAAAUUGGUAUACAUGUGCCAAGAAUUCAGCUUCAACUCCGCGGCACCACCCGCCGUGGUUCGUAGCCUUGCCAACGCGCAUCACGGGGCACUUCUGCUAUGCUCACAACCCAAUUGAUGAUUCUUGGCACCUAUUGCCUCUUGACUUCAUUCCUAAUCCAAUUCGUCCCAUUGCUGCAAUCGGUGGGCUGAUAUUACUAAGAGAGGCUACGGCUACUACCCUUCAAUUAGCCAUAUGCAACCCCUUCACUAGACAAUUCAGACAACUCCCUAAGCUAAAUGUCACAAGGACUAAUCCAGCUGUUGGAGUAAUAGAAUCGAAUUCAGUUAAAUUCAAGCUCUAUGUGGCUGGUGGAAUGUCAGAGGCUAGCACCAUUAAUGGAGGAGGUGUCUCGUACGAGCCCACCUUAGAAGUGUACGAUUCUAUUUACAAUAACUGGAAAAAGAUUGGUUCAAUGCCUGUGGAGUUUGCUGUAAGGCUAACAGUUUGGACGCCAAACGAGAGCGUUUACUGUAACGGUGUCCUGUAUUGGAUCACGUCGGCUCGGGCUUAUACCAUAAUGGGAUAUGAAAUUGGGAAGAAUAAAUGGAGAGAAUUGAGUGUGCCAAUGGCUGACAGGCUUGAAUUUGCAGCAUUGGUGCCAAGAAAUGGGAAGUUGAGUCUCGUUGGCGGAACGCGCAAUGCAGGAGCAUGUAUAUGGGAGCUUAGUGAAGGUAAUAAUUGGAGAAUAAUUGAGAAAGUGCCACAAGAACUUGGGACAAGAUUAUUAGAAGGUAAAGGGAGAUGGGGUAGUAUUAAUACUAAAUGUGUGUGUACUGCUGGUGCUAUGUGUUUGUAUAGAGAUCUUGAAUCAGGAAUGGUAAUAUGGAGAAAAUGUGCAAAAAAUGAUAAGUGGGAAUGGCAUUGGAUUGAAGGGUGUGGUUCAAUAAAAGGGAUGAAAUUGCAGAAUUUCCCAAUUAAAGGGUUGUUGUUACAUCCCUAUCUUGCAUCUUCUAGUGUCCUGAACCAAUGA